AUGGCCCUGAAGAUAAACCUGCCAAUGAUCUGUGUAGCUGCGAUCACUGUAUUCCUAAUGAGUCGUGGUUCACUGGCAGAUGCAGUGCAGAACCUAAAAGACCUAGAAGCAUUGCAGGAGAAGGAGAUGAUGAAGCAACAGCUCAACGCAGAGAAGAAGGGAUUGAGGCAAAGGGCGCACAGGAUAGUUGCCAAUCAAACCACGCCUGAGGAUAGAUUUCUGCACCCAUACAUGGAGGACAACCUUAUCCGCGACGUUCUGAGAAGCUACAGCAGCUACCGUGAGAUGAUUCUAGUCAACGGCGGCAAGUUUAUCAUGGGCACCAACGACCCCUACUCGCCUACAGGAGAGUACCCGCUGAGACACGUCUCCGUCAACAGCUUCUAUCUGGACGCCAACCCAGUCAUCAACGCUGAUUUUUGGGCGUUCUUGAGAGUCAGGAAGUUCUAUAGAACAGAGUCCGAGAAGAAAGGCUGGAGUUGGGUGGUGGACCUGUUCCUCAGCAACGAGACCAGACAGUACUACAGCGUGCCCGGGGCCAGAGGUUGGGCUGCCGUCAAGAAGACAACCUGGAACUCGCCAGAGGGCCCCGACUCCAACCUGGAGAACCGCUGGAAGCAUCCGGCGGUGCACGUCAGCUGGUACGAUGCCAGGACUUUUUGCGAGUUUCACCACAAGAGGCUGCCCACAGAAGCUGAAUGGGAGUACGCUGCCAAAAUCGCUGUAACCACACACGCGUACCCCUGGGGCGACAAAUGGGAGCGACGGCGGGCAAACGUAUGGCAGGGAAAAUGGCCAACAGAAAACAAAAAAGUGGAUGGAUACAGUAUUACAUCUCCUGUAGACGCUUAUGUUCCACAGAACUUGGCCGGCUUCUACGACAUGAUUGGCAACGUGUGGGAGUGGACGAGCAGUCUCUACUUGGAGCGUUCAGUUCAGCCGGUGCCGCAAGCUUCCAUGGCGGUGCUAAAGGGUGGAUCUUAUGUGGACUCGGUCAGCGGUGAGGUCAAUUAUGUCGUCAGAAACGGGCAGAGAAUGGGCCAAAAACAGGAUUACACAGCUGGUCACGUGGGCUUCCGGUGUGCUAAAGACUUUCAGACAGUUACGCUGAAAAAGACAACGCCGCCGCCUCCGCCCAGUAAACCAAAGAUAAGGCGCCGUUUCCACAGGAAAAUGAGGGACGAGCUCUAG